AUUGUAGUUAAAUCAGAUAAAAGAAAUGUUUUAAACAUGCACACGAUUAUGCUGGAAAGGUUUCGCAUGCAACACUCUAAAAACAUUUCGAGGCUCUUACGGCACUUUAGCCGUCAGUUGGAUGGUACGCACAACAAUGCCGUGGUAAUUGCAGCUGCUGUGCGUACCCCGAGAACACCAUUCAAGGCGGAGGAACAGAAGCUGGCUGGAAUUGUCAUCGAUGAGCUGGUGAAACGCACUCUUGUGCCACGAGAGGAGUUCAAAAAGCUAAUUGUCUGUUGCUCAUCGAAUGCAUCGGCAUCCGACUGCAAUGCGAGGCUUGCCAAUGUAGCCAAAGAGCUGGGCUUGAAGAGCUGCGAGGCACAUGCCCUACAGGACGAUAUCUGCUCGAUUGCUGGACUACGCAUGACAUUGGAUAGUCUCCGGGAGGGAAAGGCGCAGUGCAUUAUCACGGGAGAUACACGCUGCCAGUUUCUUGAACCGGAUGAUGGUCUUCUGGCCAAUGAACUGAUGACCGUGCAUCAGGCUCCGGCCAGAGGCAAACAAACCGCUAAGGCAGAUCCCUCCGAACCAACGCCAACUUUGGGAGCGGCCGCACUGGCCUGGACUACAUACGAAACUGCAGAGCGCCUUCAGUUGCAGCCUCUAGCUUUGGUGCGUGAAUUUGCUGUGAAAAAUAACAGAGAAGAUGCUCUGUACCACGUUCAUGGCGGUCAGCCUCUUCUUCCCAGUCAAAUCCACACGUGGGAUCUGGUUACGAGCCGAGAACCGCCCAAACCAAGCUAUUUUCACCUAGACCUAAGCGGAAAUAAUCUGUGCACCCACGAUAAUUUACAUAUAACCGCCAGUCACCUUCUCACCCAUCUGGUGCACUCCCUGCCUGCUGGCGAGUUGGGCUGUGCGUACAUGGAUGGAAGCGAUGGCCGUUUGAUGAUAAUAUUUCUCGAAAAGCUCAAA